AUGAAGCACUCCCGUCGUUAUCGAACAGUUAAAGAAAAAAUUAAUAAUAAUUAUUAUCCAUUAGCCCAAGGUUUAAGUUUUCUUCAAGGAAAUAAUCCCGAGAAAUUAAAAAAUAUUAAAGUAAGUAAAAUAGCAGUGGUUAAAGAUGAUUUGCCGGUUGACACAGUGAAAAGAUUCGAAAGGCUAGUGGUACAUCCUCAAAAUGAAAAAAAAUUUAGAUUGCCCGAAAAAUUACCUCCUAAAUUAUUCGGUUUAAUUGCUCGAAAAGUUUCCUUAAAUGAGAACAUAAAAGAGGAAAUCGAAAAGUUUCAAAAAGGGGAAAAAGAACUUAAAACUGAUAGGAGCGGUAAUAUUCAAGCGGUAAUCGGAAAAAGCAAUUUUAGUUUGGAACAAUUAACCGAAAAUUACCAAGCGAUCUAUAAUAAAAUAAAUGUUUUGCGACCAGCCAAAUGA